CCAGGUGAUAUUUGUACAACGACAGAAUUGAAAGUUUUACAUCAUCCAAAAAACUGCAAGAAAUAUGUCACGUGUUAUGGAACUGCUGAAGGUUUCGACACAUGUAAUGGGAAGUGUGUGAAGAUAGAAAACGGCAAUUCUGCAACAUGUGUUGACUGUAGUGAAGAUGUUUGUCCAAAACCAGAUGUAUCCACAACAACUCCAAUGGUAACCACUUCUGGACCAUCAUCCCUUACAUGUGACGAUAUAUCGGGAUACGUCGACGAAACAGCCUUUCUACAAUGUCAAAUUGUAAGUAACAAUUUCGACAUCAUCGUCCUUUCACAUUUAUCUCAUCCAUCGACUGGAUCAGUGUUACUACCAUUGGGAAGUCUAACGAAAACAUCAGCUGUUGUCACGACGACGGAUCCUGCUUGGUCCGGCCUUGGCCUUGCGUACCACACAGCUGGAUCAUUGGAAUACAUCAACGUAACACUUCCAAAAAUAGCUUGUGCAAUGAGUGGAGCGUUUACUCUAAAUUUGACCAACGGCAACUUCUCAUCAGUGACAACAUCACAGAUAAACGUGUUAGUAAAACCAACAUCACCACCAACAAUAUCCCAGAGGACAUAUCUAGACGUCUCCACUGAACAGAUUGAGUGUACAGGUGACGUGGGCAAUCCUGCUGUCCAAAUGACUCUUCACGCCUCAAAUGGAAACUCAAAUAACAGCUUCGUCGAAAUGACGUCCCAAUCCACUAGUGAUGACACAAAAGACGGAUGUACCUUCACCAGAACGAUCCGGUCGACAGCAUCUCUUGCUUCAAUGAAUGGAACCGAUGUUAAAUGUGUGACGUCAUACUCUAAUAUCGGAACUAACCUACCCACCACACUGGAAUCGAAUUCAUUGACAAUUCUGCUCAUAUCCGGUAACAUUUGUGAAUCUACCAAUGCCACGUUUAUACUCCAUCCGUACGAUUGUCAUAAAUACAUACACUGCGGAGACAGCACCUCCACAGAAGUUUCGUGCGCAGCCACAACAUGCUUUACCAUACCCGGGAACAAGUGUGAUAAUGACUGUAGCAGAUGUCCAUAGAUGAAGCACUAAACGUAAUUUACCACAAUAUAAUUCAUAUAUUACAACAUUCUAUUGGUAAUGGAUGUAAGAAUCAAUAUUCAUUGUAAAAUCUUUGUAACAGUUUUAGAUAUACAUGGUAACAAAUAUUAAAAAAAUAAGAAUCCCUGUUUCACUGCACUGCCGUUUUGCUAUACACAGUAACCUCCCCUUAACUUCCGUUUGAAUGUAACUGUAGCACAUAUGGACUAGAACACUUUCGUUGAAUAGGUGCCCAUUUGGUUACAGAGACAGUAUAUGAAUGGGAUAAUUCAAAUCAUUUUUGUGUAAAACCCCAUAUAGAAACUGUAUAACAAUCUCAAAUCCAGGGUUCGAAUCCCGAUCUAGCCACGCUAAUUGUUUACACUCAGAACACACUUGUUCUUUAUAUUUUGUUUAUUUCAUCUUUAUUUUUUUCUAUUAAAGUCCGGGAAGGUAUGAUUCUCUUUAUAAUGAUUUAUCAAUGUUAUAAGCAUGCUGAUAAAAACAGUUUUCAAUGCUAAGUUACAGUUUUUGGCAGUGGUA